AUGUCGCAACGUAAACGAUCUCUUUGGGGAACCUGGCGCACCCCAUCGUAUUUAGCCUUCCCUCAGGAACCCGUAAGGGGGCCGUCUACAUCUGAAGGGGAAGCAGUAAUUGCUGACCGGGCGGAAAAUAAAACAGCCACUGGGAAGCAAACACCAGGGACUGCUAUCUCUAGGGGAGUCGACAGACUGAACCUGGAAGGUAGGACACAAUUGUCUGGUGCGCAAAAGCGCAAACUUAAAAAACUGCGGAAGGCAGAGGCGGGAAAAGGACAGGGGCCGGUGACGGAACCUGGCUCAAGUACCACUCUAACUCCGCAGGCUGCUGAACCGGGGCCAAGUGGACUCGGGAAGAAACGUGGACGGUCGGACGGUAGUGAGCCGAUUUCCGACCGGCCUGUUUCCAAGAGGCCUAAGGCCACGGGACAGCGUGGCAAGACUUACGGGGAGGCGCUGUCGGGGAUCCAAGCAGUGGUGGUCCCCCAUGGAUACCCGGAGGUCCGAAUGGAUGAGGACCAGAUGGGACUUGUCCAGUCGGCGCUUCUGGGGGCCAUUGAUGGGAUCGCGGGCGAGGGUACACGACCGCGCUUCCUGGAGUGUCGUCGAAGGGGGGGAACGCUAGCGAUCACCGCCUUCAACGAGGAGAGCCUGCAAUGGCUGAAGAUGACCACGGCGAGCUUGGUGCCUUGGGAGGGGGCUAGACUCAGCGCUGUUGAGCCUAGGGACCUACCUAAGUUCACUAAGUUCAUCGUGUGGAUUCCGGGUCAUCCUGAUGAACCGGAAACCAUCAUGCGCCGUCUGGAAAACCAGAACGGGGAAUUGAGGACGGGGGCCUGGAGGCUAAUCAACCGCAAGGUUGAGGUGAAGGGCCAGACCCUAGUCCUCUCAGUAGAUGAGAUGAGUGUGAAGGUACUUCAGAAGGAGGGCUUCAGACCAUUUCUGAACUUCACCAGGGUCCUUUUUAGGAACCUGGAGAAGGGCAGGGUAGAUUUGGGACCUUCUGAUGAAGAUCAGGAGGGACCAAAAUCUGUAUUAUCUGGUCAAAUUCCAGGUAAUACAAGCGAACAUUCAGCACAGUAGAGCGGCAUCUGCUGCUCUCUGUGCCAGUGUGGCGCGCGCAAAUGCGGAUUUAGCUUUGAUCCAGGAGCCUUGGGUACAUGGAUCCCGGAUCAGAGGAUUGCAGGUAAGUAAUGGUGGCUUACUGUAUUGUGGCCACCAAACUAGACCUAGAGCUUGUAUUUAUUACAAGAGUAGUAUUAAUAUUUUUCCUCUUCCAGGGUUCUGCACGGAUGACCUGGUGGCGGCCGAAGUGACUUAUGUAUCGGAGGGAACGCAGAGACAACUGGUAGUUUGCUCAGCGUACCUCCCUUAC